AUGCCGGGCUUCGAUUUCUCCAACUACAACCGGAAUGCGGCGCUGCAUGCCCGCGGUGUCCCGCUGCCCAAGGCAACCAGCACCGGUACCACCAUCGUUGGGUGCAUCUUCGACGGAGGCGUUGUGAUCGCCGCUGAUACCCGUGCCACGUCCGGCCCCAUCGUGGCCGACAAGAACUGCGAAAAGCUUCACUACAUCUCUCCUCAGAUUUGGUGCGCUGGUGCUGGUACGGCUGCCGAUACAGAGUUCACCACGGCCAUCAUCUCCUCCCAGCUGGAGCUGCACUCCCUGUCGACCGGUCGCAAACCCCGCGUCGUCACUUGCAUGACCCUGCUCAAGCAGCACCUGUUUCGGUAUCAGGGCCACAUCGGCGCAUACCUGGUCGUGGCAGGCGUCGACCCCACCGGCACCCACCUCUUUACGGUGCACGCCCACGGCAGCACGGACAAGCUGCCAUACGUGACCAUGGGCUCUGGUUCCCUCGCGGCCAUGUCGGUGUUCGAGACCAAGUGGAAACCCGAGGCGUUGACCCGCGACGAGGCCGUGAAGCUGUGCAGCGAGGCCAUCCAGGCAGGUAUCUUCAACGACUUAGGAUCCGGUAGCAAUGUGGACGUUUGCGUCAUUACGAGCGAAAAGACUACGUUGAUGCGGAACUACAUCAAGCCCAACGAGCGGGUGGCCAAGCUGCGCAGCUACAAGUUCCCCAAGGGUACCACCGCCGUGCUCAACGAGAAGAUUGUCAUUCGCAAGGAGGACCUCGGCAACUUCAUCACAGUCCACGACGUGCCGGUGGAGGAGGAAGCUGAGGCGGGGAAGAUGGAGGUCGAUCCAUGA